AUGACUACUUCACUUCUGCUUAUACUCUUGGCAACGUCGCCGUUCGCGACCUCUUCUGAAUGCCACGCGCACUUCGAUGGCGAUGGGAUCGAGUGGGACGGGCCCGAGGUUUGCGCCGCCUCGCAAUCCAGAUUCUUACAGACCACCGAUUUCAUCAAGGCAGUACCGGCGACGAUCCAAGUUGAGAUGCUCUACAACGCUACUGGUUCGGACACCACAGAAAUCGACUUGCUCCUGACGAACACCGGAUCGGGUGUUGAAGUUGUUGAGUUCAUCGACCUCGGCCGAGAUCUUAACGUGAUGGAGUUACAGCAGUCAACCUCGGCUGUUCCUGAAUUAUCUCCGCUAGUCAAUCGCCCAUCACGCGUGGCUGCUACUGAAGGAUUCACCCGAGGCCAAGACCGAGAUGGCUCAGGUUCGCGCCGCAUCACUUUUGAGUAA